AUGAUUUGUUCAAUAUCUGGAGAUGUACCACAAGAACCAGUGGUAUCGAUAAAGACAGGAAAUGUAUAUGAGAAACGAUUGAUCGAAAAGUAUAUAGAUACCAAUGGUAGAGAACCAACUACAGGUGAACCAUUGUCAAUCACCGAUAUCGUCGUUAUUAGCAAACAAUCGAUGAGUGGCGGUGGUGUCGGUGGUGCAAAGCCACGUACCAGCAAUGCCACUAGCAUUCCAUCGAUGUUACAGAUGUUCCAAAACGAAUGGGACGCUCUCAUGCUCGAAACAUUCACACUCAAACAACAGUUUGAACAGGUUCGUCAGGAAUUGGCACACUCUCUCUAUCAAUACGAUGCAUCGUGUCGUGUCAUCGCUCGUCUCAUCAAAGAGAGAGAUCAAGCUAGAAAUGCACUUGCCAAUGCCAAGAUUAAAGUAGAUAGUAAUAAUUCACAAGAUUCAAUGUUAAUAGAUGAUCUUAGUGAACAAGAUAUAAAGAGAAUUACAGAAAAAACACAAGAAUUAACACAAAAAAGAAAGAAGAGAAGUAUUCCAGUAGAUUUACCAAAAGCACAAGAAGUAGAGGCAAUGUCAGUGUUGUUGUCUACAAAUGUUAAUAAUACAGCUGGUUCACUUGGUUGUUUAGAUUACCAUGCAAAUCAAACGUUGGUUGCCACUGGUUCCAACGAUGGUUUGGCUACUUUGUACGAUGUCGACAAGUCUGCAGUUGUCACCACAUUCAAAGGUCACCAAAAGAAGGUCAAUCGUGUACUUUUCCACCCAACCGAGCAAGUUGUAUGCUCGUCUGGUGUCGACAAGACCGUUCGUGUCUGGAAUCACAACGGUCAGCAACUACACAACAUCAAGAAGCAUGCCGGCGAUGUCUGUGGUCUGACUAUGCAUCCACUCGGUGACUACGUAGUGUCAGCAUCGACCGACGCCACUUGGGCAAUGCACAACAUCCUGACUGGCCAGACACUCAUAACCGUGACACCCGAGGACAAUGGCGGAUACCACUGCGCGCAGUACCAUCCGGACGGUCAAGUCGUCGGACUGGGCACUCACGACAAGAAGAUCGCAAUCGUCACCGUAAACUCCAAGAAAUGUGAGAUCGUGCUCGCCGAACACAACCAGUUUGUCAACUCGAUUGCAUUCUCAGAGAACGGCUAUCAUAUGGCAUCGAGCGAUAGCAACACCGUCAAGAUCUGGGAUCUCAGAAGAACAGAAAAAAGCAUAAAGACAAUCGACUUUACCGACGGACAAAUCGGAAACAUCUCAUGGGAUCCAAGCGGUACCUACCUCGCAAUUGCCGGUUCGGUCAUCUCCAUCUACAACCACAAAGGAAAGAGAGAGUUUGACCAAGUAAAGACAUUCUCUGACUCUAUCGUUUACACCGACAUCAAGUGGUCGACAAACUCUAAAUAUUUCCUAACAACCUCUGAUGAUUCUACAUUAAAGAUGUGGGGUAACCAAUGA